AGAAGAAGGGGCUACAGACGAAAGAACAAGUGGAACCAGACCGGACAGAAGAACUAAACAUUGGAGCAGUUGAAGCUCAGUUUACAAUCAAGAGACCAAGAUAAGGGAGCAUCGCCUUGGAUCCAGGAAGACUCAUUCAUUGGGAUGAUGGAAGCGCGCUGGGAAACGCAGUGGCAGCAAUUCCUCCAGACCCUUCAACCCUCUCAUCCCAGAGAAGGAAAUCCAGCAAGAUCAAGGAAUUCUCCCUGGGAAGAUCCCAAGGCCUUCUUGGCUUCCUUCGAGCAGGUGGCCAGAGCCUGCCGGUGGCCCAGAGGAGAGUGGGUAACCCACCUCCUGCCAGCCCUUUGUGGAGAAGCUGAAGAGGCCUUUCGCAGCCUGGACACCAUUCACCAAGGGGAUUACGAGAACGUGAAGGCCGCCAUCUUGAAAGGGGAAGCGCUGAAAACAGAGGCCCGACGUCAGUGCUUCAGGCAGUUCUGCUGCCAGGAGGUAGAAGACCCUCGGAUGGUUUACAAGCAGAUCCAGGAGCUUUGCCACCAGUGGUUGAAGCCGGAGAGACGCACCAAAGAGCAGAUCCUGGAGCUGCUCAUCCUGGAGCAGUUCCUGGCCAGCCUCCCUCCAAAGCUCCUGGACUGGAUUCACCCCAGGAGGCCAGACACAUGUUCCCAGGUGGUGGCCCUGGUGGAGGACUUCCUGCGGAGCCAGCAAGGGACCAAAUCAGAAGCCCGUCCGGGGCCCCAAAAUGAAGACCUAGCUGAUUUUGAACAGGCUGAGAAGGAGCCCUUGGAGGCUGUGAAGAGAGAAAACAUUGAAGUGGAGAUCAAAGUGCCAGGCGAUGGAACCAAAUCCCCAAAUCCGCUCAGCUCGUUGCUUCCUCUCGAAGAACCUGGAGUGGUCCAAACUGCGCUGAAAGAGGACCUCAAAGAAACAGACGUGUGUUUGCAGGCAGCCAAGCAGAGGCUGACCCACGCAGCCCACCAGAGCGUAGCCUGGCAGGUCCUGCAGGAAGAACGUCAAAACAUAGGUUGUUUAAGUGAGGAUGGUGACAGACAGGAGAAUAGGCUUAAAGUGCAGAAUUUUCAGGGUGGAGAAGAUGCAGAAGAGAUGUGCGGGAGAGACCCUGUGACAAGCCCUGACAAUCUGCCAUUAAAAGCCGAGAUGGAAGAAGAAAGCUGUGAUUCCGAUCAGCAGAGAUGGAGGCCACCGCUGGAAAUUGAGAAUACAAGCAACGUGCUUGAAAAGGAUCUUACUGUUACAGAAAAGACCAACAAGGGUAAAGUGUCCAUGUUCUCCCAAUAUGAUAAGAGGUACCUUUACCAGGUGGAACUGAAUCCAAUACCUUCUGCGGAGAAAUUGGAGCAACAUCCUCAGAGAUUUGAGGACAGCUACCAGCGUACUUCAAACAUGAAUCAAGAGGAAAAAGAUAUCAUAAGUGAGCAAAGGGUUGAAAUCUCCGAGAACGGAAUAGAGAGUAACGCAAAUGCUUAUCUGAGUAACAAUCUCAGAGAGACACAUAACAAUUCUCCCGAAUCCGGGAAAACCAUGACUAACCCAAACUCACUAAGCAGAUUUCCGGUGUGCAAUCCCGAAGAGGAAUG